CCGGCGCGGCGGUCAGCUGAGCGGCGCUGGGCGGGGUCGUGAGGCCGCAAGUCCGCCGGAGGCUCCCCGAGCCCGCGCAGCUGCCCCCGGCCGGUCCCCUGGUCAGUGUCUGCAUCCGGGUCCGGAGCCCUCCCCCAGCGGGCACGAUGCGGAGGAAGCAGUGACCCCGAGAGAGGCCGGAGCGCGGGCGCGGGGUCCUGCUGCCAUGUCCCACCAACCGCUUAGCUGCCUGACUGAAAAGGGGGACAGCCCCAGUGAAACCACAGGAAAUGGACCCCCCAACCUGGCUCACCCAAACCUGGACACAUUCACUCCAGAGGAGCUGCUGCAGCAGAUGAAGGAGCUCUUGAUUGAGAACCAUCAGCUCAAAGAAGCCAUGAAGCUAAAUAAUCAGGCGAUGAAAGGGCGAUUUGAAGAGCUUUCAGCCUGGACAGAGAAACAGAAGGAAGAACGCCUUUUUUUUGAGAUACAGAGCAAAGAAGCCAAGGAGCGCCUCAUGGCUUUGAGUCAUGAAAAUGAAAAAUUGAAGGAAGAACUUGAAAAACUAAAAGGGAAAACAGAAAAGUCCCUUGAGUUCCAGGACCCCACUGGGGACCCCAAAGUCCCCAGGGCAGAAGCAGACCAGGAACUGGAACAGCUGAAGACCCAGGUGGCCUAUCUCCAAGCUGAAAAGGCAGAUCUGCUGGGGAUUGUGUCAGAACUCCAGCUCAAGCUGAACUCAGGCGGCCCCUCUGAAGACUCCUUUGUUGAAAUCAGGAUAGCUGAAGGAGAAGCAGAUGUGGCGGUGAGAGAAAUCAGGACGAGUCCUGGGCCCGCAAGAAUUGAUUCCAUUGGCACGAACAAAUCUACAGAAAGCUCCAGGAAUUAUUUGGAAUUUGAGAAAUUAACUGUGAGCCAGCUCCUUCUUUGUCUAAGGGAAGAAAGCCAGAAGGCAGAGAAGCUUGAAACUGCACUCAAGGAAGCCAACGAAAGAGUUUCCUGUUUUGAAAAGAAAGCCCGUGAUCAUUCUGAGGUUGAGACCCAGACGGAGGGUAGCACAGAAAAGGAGAAAGAAGAGGAGAAAGGCCCAGAAACUGUUGGAAGUGAAGUGGAGACGUUGAACCUUCAGGUGACAACUCUAUUUAAGGAGCUUCAAGAGGCUCAUACAAAACUCAGUGAAGCUGAGCUGAUGAAGAAGAGACUUCAAGAGAAAUGUCAGGCUCUUGAAAGGAAAAAUUCUGCAGCCCCAUCAGAGCUGAAUGAAAAGCAAGAGCUUGUUUAUAACAACAAAAAGUUGGAGCUACAAGUGGAAAGCAUGCGAUCAGAAAUCAAAAUGGAGCAAGCUAAAAGCGAAGAGGAAAAGUCCAAGUUAGCCACUCUCCAGUUGACACAUAACAAGCUUCUUCAAGAAUACAAUAAUUCAUUGAAAACACUCGAGGAACUGAAAAGGAAAGAGUCAGAAAAAGUAGAUAAGGUGGUAGUGCAAGAACUAAGUGAAAAGCUGGAACUGGCAGAGAAGGCCCUGGCUUCCAAGCAGCUUCAGAUGGAUGAGAUGAAGCAGACCAUCGCCAAGCAGGAGGAGGACCUGGAAACCAUGACUGUUCUUCGGGCUCAGAUGGAGGUUUACUGUUCGGACUUUCAUGCUGAAAGAGCAGCAAGAGAGAAGAUACAUGAAGAAAAGGAGCAACUGGCCCUGCAGCUGGCAAUCCUGCUGAAAGAGAAUAAUGCUUUUGAAGAUGGAGGCAGCAGGCAGUCCUUGAUGGAGAUGCAGAGCCGUCAUGGGGCGAGAACCAGUGACCCCGACCAGCAGGCCUGCCUCGUUCAGAGAGGAGCUGAGGACAGAAACUGGCGGCAGCAGCAACAGCGGAAUAUUCCAAUUCAUUCCUGCCCCAAAUGUGGAGAAGUUCUGCCCGACAUAGACACACUCCAGAUCCAUGUUAUGGACUGCAUCAUUUAAGUGUUCACAUCUCACUUCCCCCCAAACUGUUGUCUCUUCGGAGGCCUUGCUGCCAUGUUACCAGGUAAUGACACUUCAUUGGAAUGUCAGCCUCUCUUCUGGACCCCGCCGCUCUCCUGUGUUCUUAAAGUGUGGCUAAAUGGGAGCAAUAGAGAGAUGAGAACUGGGAAGAAAUAGGAAUGAACAAUGAAAAUUUAACAACUAAAUAAGAUUAUUAUAAUAAGUCUUCAAGUGUUGUAUUUUAAAAUGAUUUUGAUCUAGCCUGGCAUGUAAGGAGUUUGAAAGUCAUCACUCCCAUCCUCCUAACAAGGAAAAGGCCGAACAGACUCAAAGUCGUCAACUCUUUUUAAAUCCCUCAGAGAACUGAAGUCACAAAGCAAACCGCUGCCCACAAACUGGAGACAGACAGGUACAGAGAGUCGCAGAUUACCAGAUCAGGGUCUCAGGAGUAGAAACCACAGUAGGAGCCAAUACCAGAGUAGGAGAACUUAAACUAUAAUUGAAGAUUUGCCAAAGGCUCAGUGUGGACAAACCUGAGAAUUAAAAACUCUAAUAGGAGCCCAUUCUUAAGAGGACCCCACACUUGUGUGAAUUUUACCUCCAGGAGCCCUAGAAGAACCUCACCGUGAAGAUUUCUAAAAAUUCUCCCAUACUUUUAGCAGGGGGAGGGGAAAGUGGCCAUUUUGAAAUACACUGACACACUCUGUUCUUCCUAGGAAUGCCAUCCCUCAAGGGAAAUUGUUUUACCAGACCCUAAACUGCUGGAUGAUUAUCAGAGCCUGACUGACCAGGGGGAAAGCAAAUACCCAACUCCAGCCCCCCCCCCCCCCGCCCAGCUUUACUCCUCUCACCUGAGGAGGAGAAAAAAGUGUGAGAAGGUCACAGCACAGAGGGAGAAGCUCAGUAAAAGACCAAGACCUUAUCAUAGGACGUGGAACUCUUCUCCCCCACACCUACCUUACCAGCACAUCAACAAGGUGCCCAUAUAAUAAUGGGCUUACAAUUGGAAGAAAUGCUCAUCUUUGGGUUUAUUAAGGAAGAGGUAUAUAGGGAAUCCCAAAGACAACAAAGGGAGACAAAACAAGGACACCAGAGGAGAUUUUAGCCUGUGACACCCACAGCUGCAGCAGACAGUAAACAUAGUCCAGCUCGUAGCCAGGUAAACAUAAAGCCUCACACUAUUUACCUCAGUUCCUUUUACCCACUACAUCAUUUCCAUUUUUCAACAAGAAAUUAUACUGCAUAUUAAAAAAAAAAAGCACAGUUUGAAAAGAUAGAGCAAGCAUCAGAUGUGAUGAAUAUAAGACUGGAAAUUUAAAACAACUAUGGUUAGUAUCCUAAGGGCUAUAAUGGGAAAAGUGACAACAUGCAGGAAAUGGGGGGUAAUAUAAGCAGACAGAUGGAAACGCUAAGAAAAAAAUCAAAAGGAAGUACUAGAAAUCAGAGACAGUGUAACAGAAAUGAAGAAUGCCUUUCAUGGGCUCAUGAAAAGACUGAA